ACCCCGUUCCCGCGGCACCGCCCGCCCGCGCAGACCCUGAACGCGGCCGCGGCGAAGAUGGCGACUGCCAUGUACUUGGAGCACUACCUGGACAGCAUCGAGAACCUUCCCUGCGAACUUCAGAGGAACUUCCAGUUGAUGCGAGAGCUAGACCAGAGGACAGAAGAUAAGAAAGCAGAGAUCGACAUCCUGGCUGCAGAGUACAUCUCCACAGUGAAGACACUUUCUCCCGAUCAGCGUGUGGAGCACCUGCAGAAGAUCCAGAGCGCCUAUAGCAAGUGCAAGGAGUACAGUGACGACAAGGUGCAGCUGGCCAUGCAGACCUAUGAGAUGGUGGACAAACACAUCCGAAGGCUGGAUGCUGACCUGGCACGCUUCGAGGCGGACCUGAAGGAUAAGAUGGACGGCAGUGACUUUGAGAGUGCUGGAGGACGGGGGCUGAAAAAAGGUCGGGGUCAGAAAGAAAAAAGAGGCUCCCGGGGUCGAGGCAGGAGGACGUCGGAAGAAGACACUCCGAAGAAAAAGAAGCAUAAAAGCGGAUCCGAGUUCACUGACACCAUCCUGUCUGUGCAUCCCUCUGAUGUGCUGGACAUGCCUGUGGAUCCGAACGAGCCCACGUACUGCCUGUGCCACCAGGUGUCCUAUGGGGAGAUGAUUGGCUGCGACAACCCAGAUUGUCCAAUCGAGUGGUUUCACUUCGCCUGUGUGGAUCUCACCACGAAGCCCAAAGGAAAGUGGUUCUGUCCACGGUGUGUUCAGGAGAAGAGAAAGAAGAAGUAAGGAAGAGGCUAUGUGCCCAGAUUGAAGCGCAAGUUAAUAUAUUUCCUCAUUCACGUUGCAAUAUUUCCUUUCAUUUUAAACUACCUUAUUUCAACUGAUAGAACUCAAUGGCCAGUUGUAAUUUUGGAUAUUUUCUAAAACGAGAAACCACCUCACCCUGUUUGCACAGAGGAGCAAUCUCACAGGGACUUGCCUCAGUGACUUUAUGUACAGACCCCUGGCUCUGGCCAUUGCAUCCCUCCAGCCAGCCUGGGGUCUGGGGUGGGUGUUCAUGAACCCAAUCUGCCAGGCCAAGUGCAUGUUGUGGUGGACAUUUUAGCCUGGUACACUGCCACCACCUCGUGACCAGAGGCAGCCUUGAGUGUCCACGUGCAGUUUUCUAGGACUGCAUGGCACCGUGGAAGCACUCUUGCCCCCAUGCUGUGCUCUGAACCUGACUCUGAACACCGUGGACUCCUGGCUAGGUCACCUCUGACGUGCCUGGAAGUGGCCUUGGCUCUUCCCAGGAGGAAGUGCUUCUGCCUCACUGUGCACUGCCUUUUUAGUGUGAACUUCUGGUCUUCCCCCACGGGAUUCCCCUUCCUGAGUUACAGCUUCAUCAGCCUCGGCUGUCAGUUACCAAGACCAGCACUGCCAAGUGGCAGCCUCACAGCUGGGCUGAAGUCCUGUUUCUCUGGGAAUUCUUGACGUUUUUACUGUGAAGAUGAGAUUAUUGUAAUAGCAUGAGGGUCGUGGUCGGUGUGUCUGUGAAGUGAAUCUGUCUACUAAGAGCUGAUUUUUGACCUCUGUUUAUGUUGUAUACCACUAGAUUGGCAGCUUACAGCCAAGGGGAGUACAAUUAUGUGACAUGAUUUGUGAAUUUGUGUGCCCAGUACAGUUCUGGAAUGAAGGUAGGAAACUAGAGUGUACUUUUGUUUAAUCAGCACUCACCAAGCCAGUGUUGAACCAUCUUUUUGGUAAUAGUUGGAAAAUGCCUGUGUUUGGCCUAUUGAGAUACAUUUGUGGUGGACCCCAAGCAUGGCUUCUGAGGAUCUCUGUAGACUCAGAGGUCCUCUAGCUUGCACUCAGAGUCUGUGGGUUCUCUAAGAACCAAAGGAAGCCUGUGUCUGCCCUCACACCAGAAGAACAACUGUGUGAUAGAAGUGAGAUGUGGACUUCCCAAUUUAAGGAGAGCCUCUUUCCUUUAAGAGGGCCUCAGAUUGAUAGGUCGUUUCCUUCUGAUGGCCACACUAAGAUUUCCUACUGUUGUGUGGAGGAGAUGAAGCAGAAGGGAGCUGUGAAGCCCUGCAUCCCAGACCAUGCCACACCCACAGGUUAGUCCAUGUUCACAAAUGAGAACGAGGACUCCAGGAAUGCUGAGGUCAGGAUGGUGUGGGGACCUGUGACUCUGGGGUUCUGAGCUUGUCAGGGUGUUCCUGGUCGGCUUGUUGGGGUGGGAGAGUGGGGAGUGGCUUUACUGUGCAUGGGGCGAGUUGUUUGAUGGUACUGGCUCUUCCCUGAUGGCAGGUGAAGGCAGCUCAUCCCCAUCGGGUCCCCAGGCCAGAUGGAAAGGGCUAGCGGCCUUGACUCAAGGUCCAGCACCUUUCAUGGUCCCUCAUUUUCAGCCAUAUGUGAAACUAGAAAUUCAUUUUGUGUUGUGACACCUUUUUGUUGGCAGAUACUUAA